AUGGCGACCAUCCUCGACCUACGCUUGGAGCACUACGACCCUUCGCAUGUACUCGGCAUUCAUGAAUGCAGGCCUCGGCUGUCUUGGAAAUUCACAAAUAUUGCCAAUGAAUUCCGACAACAUGCUUACGAGAUCGAAAUUGUAGCGCAAGACAGGAAAGGCGAAUUCAUUGGAAACGCUAUUAAAGUCACGUCACCCCUCUCAAAUCUAGUACCGUGGCCGUUUGAACCUGAUCUCCAGUCUUGCCAAAAGGUGGUGCUUCGAGUUCGUGCAUGGGAUGCGAAUGGUCAUAAUACUGCUUGGAGUGCACCGUUAACAUUUGAAACGGGCUUCCUUAAACGCAGCGAUUGGCAUUGUGAACGUAUCACCGCUCCUUGGGCCCCUAGCACGAUAGGACCCGACUCCGAGCACCUCUAUCGCAAAGAAUUCCCCAUCACGGGAGUUGUGAGGCAGGCUAGGCUAUACAUCACAGCUCAAGGUGUGUACGAGGCGGAGAUCAACGGUCAACGAGUCGGUGACUACUUUCUGGCGCCAGGGUGGACAGCAUAUGAGGGACGGAUCCAAUAUCAGACCUAUGACGUAACUCCACUCCUCCGCUACGAUUGCAAAAACUGUAUCGGUGUCCGUGUGGCGGAGGGCUGGUUCUGUGGGCGCAUUGGAUUUGGAGGCGGACAUCGCAACAUUUGGGGACCUUGUCCGGCCUUGAUGGUGCAGCUGGAGAUUGAAUUCAGCGACAGCUCUGCUCAAAGUCUCUCCUCAGAUUCAUCUUGGACAGUGACCAAAGGACCAAUUCGUCUAGCAGAAAUAUAUGAUGGUGAGAAAUACGAUGCGACCCAAGAGACCCUCCAUUGGUCCUCUCCUUCCAAUGAAGAGACACCAUUGAAUGGUGAAUGGGUGGAUGUUCUAUCUUUACCGCCCCUACCCGAAUCCACUGUCCUCACUGCCGGGUUUGGAGGUCCAGUCCGACGCAUCGAAACCCUUCCACCUCUCGCCAUCUCUCAAAGCCCAUCCGGAAAAACGAUCGUCGACUUUGGCCAAAACCUCGUGGGAUAUGUAAGGCUCCGGAACAUCAAAGGCGCACACGGCCACAAGAUUACCUUGCAACAUGCAGAGGUUCUUGAGCAUGGAGAGUUGUGUACACGUCCAUUACGUGACUGUAAGGCUCUCGAUGAGUAUACGCUCAACGGCAAGAAAGAAGGAGAGAAUUAUGAACCACGCUUCACUUUCCACGGAUUCAGAUACGCUCAGGUUGAUGGGUGGAUUGGCGAAUUGGAUAUGACGUCUAUUGAGGCUGUAGUAUGUCAUACUGAAAUGGCCAGUGCAGGCAACUUUGAGUGUUCCGACCCAUUGCUCAAUAAGCUGUACGAGAACAUCCGCUGGGGAAUGCGGGGGAACUUCCUCUCGGUACCGACUGAUUGCCCUCAGCGCGAUGAGCGGCUUGGAUGGUCCGGUGAUCUCGCUUUGUUUGCACCGACAGCAGUACUGAUCUAUGAUUGCUUCUCUAUGUUGAAAAAUUGGCUGAUCGACGUCGAGUACGACCAAGGCGUGCUUGGAGGCGUGCCUCCGAUGGUGAGCCCAAAUGCUACACUUCCCGAUCCUGUUUGGUGCAGGCGAGUCCCUUGUGCAAUUUGGCACGACGUUACAAUACUUGCACCUUGGGCCAUGUACCAAGAAACCGGAGACGAAGCUAUACUGGCGCAACAGUACCAGAGUAUGUUUACCUGGAUGUCAGUUCUGCCAAGGAACAAGACCGGUGCAACGCACUUGUGGGACGAUUCCAUCUUUCAGCUAGGUGACUGGGUUGAUCCUGCAGCUCCGCCAGACGCCCCUUGGAAGUCUCCUACCGAUGCAAAAAUGAUAGCGAACAUGUUUCUAAUCCAGAGCUUAGAGCUGAUGAGUCGUAUCUCUAAGAUUCUCUCUAAAGAAGACGAAGAGAAACACUUUCGCGCGGAAGCUGACGCUGCGCGAAUAGAGUUUCACGACGAGUAUGUCACUACUAAUGGUCGCAUAACUUCCGAUACGCAAGCUGCAUACGCUCUGGCAAUCUGCCUUGACAUCUUAUCCCCAGCUCAACAGGUGCGAGCUGGUGCGAGACUGGUCGAGUUGGUACGGAAAAACAACUUCAAAAUCGCUACCGGAUUUGCAGGAACUCCGUUCAUUUGCGAGGCGUUACUGCUUACGGGUAAUACUCAAGUCGCGUACGCCAUGUUAAUCGAGAAACAGUGCCCAUCCUGGCUCUAUGCAGUGACGAUGGGCGCAACUACUGUGUGGGAAAGAUGGGAUAGCAUGUUACCAGAUGGAACUGUGAACCCGGGAGAAAUGACUUCUUUCAAUCACUACGCAUAUGGAGCUGUUGCUAAGUUUCUUCACGAGAGAGUAGCCGGCCUACAGCGUCUGGAGCCCGGCUGGAAGAAAUGCAGAUUUGCACCUUCAAUUGGGGGUACUUUUAGUCAUGCUUCUUCAUCGCACGUCACUCCUCGUGGGAAGAUCUCUUGCUCAUGGGAGACAAGAGUGACUGCAUCGGAAGGAAUUGAGACAAUCCUCUUGAAGGUCUCAGUGCCUUACGACACUGUCGUGGAGGUUGUCAUCCCAGAGAAAGGCAGGGAAAGAACGGAGACUGUUGGGCCAGGCGAAUGGUCCUUUCGAUCAAAAUUCACACGGGGUGGAGGUUGGCCUGUCGAGCCGUUGAAGCCGAAAUCUUAG